AUGAAGCUGUUGCUCCUGCUUCUUGCCAUAUUUGUGGCAACAGAACUGGUGAUGUCAGGCAAAAAUCCUGUCCUUCAAUGCAUGGGUAACAGAGGCUUCUGUAGGUCUACCUGCAAAAAGGACGAACAGCCCUACUUCUACUGCCGAACUUAUCAGACGUGCUGCCUCCAGCCCUACGUGCGGAUCAGCCUUGCCGGUGUAGAUGACACCAACUGGUCCUAUGAGAAACACUGGCCAAAGAUACCGUGA